CGCAAAUCUCGGCCCCAAAAGCCCUCCCUUUAUUUUAUUUUAUUUUAUUUUGCCUCGGGCAAAGUGUAUAAAGCGUGCCAAAAGCCAAUGUUGGCAAGGUUUCUUUGUCAACCACGUUUUGAAUAAAAAAAAUCGCCCCUCUUCUUUCUUGUAAAUUUUUUUCUGAUAACAUUCAUUUUAUAAAACAAAAGCCAUGUCUGGAACUACCGCUACUACCACCACCCACUUGUGGCUCCGCGAGGAAACCAAGCCCAUGGAGCACCGCGCCGCGCUCUCUCCCGAGGUGUGCAAGAAACUGCUUGCCACGGGCAACUUUGAGAUCACAGUUGAGGAGUCCAAGGAGCGGAUUUUCGCCGACGCUGAGUACACUGCGGUCGGAUGCCGUCUGGUGGCUGGCGACAGCUGGCGCGCGGCUCCCCAAGAUGCCAUUAUCACUGGCCUGAAGGAGCUGCCCGAGAACGACACUACGUCGCUCCCUCACACGCACAUCAUGUUCGCUCACUGCUACAAGCGCCAGGGCGGCUGGAAGGAUGUGCUUUCGCGGUUUGUUGAGGGCAACGGUCUUCUGUACGAUCUGGAGUUCCUGAACGACGAGAGUGGUCGUCGUGUGGCUGCCUUUGGCUUCUAUGCUGGGUUCACUGGCUCGGCCGUGGGUAUCGAUGCCUGGUGCCACCAGCAGCUGAAUUCCGGCGAGAAGUACCCGGUUAUCACACCCUACCCUAACGAGGAUGUUUUGAUUGCUGAGACCAAGGAGAAGCUGGCCAAGAUUGGCAAGAUGCCCAAGAUCAUGGUCAUGGGUGCCAUGGGUCGUUGCGGUAGCGGCGCUGUGUCGUAUGCGCGCAAGGCGGGUAUUCCCGAGGAGAACAUCAUCAAGUGGGAUAUGGCCGAGACCGCCAAGGGUGGCCCGUUCCAGGAGAUCAUGGACGUUGACAUUUUUGUCAACUGCAUCUACCUGUCGUCGCAGAUUCCGCCGUUCGUCACCCAGCAGCAGAUUGACGCUGAGCGCCAGCUGUCGGUUAUCGUUGAUGUCAGCUGCGACACGACUAACCCGUUCAACCCUAUCCCCAUCUACAACGUCAACACUACCUUUGACAACGCCCUGCUGGACAUUCCGUCGACAAACGCCAAGCCCCUGCAGCUGUGCUCUAUUGACCAUCUGCCCACUAUGCUCCCCCGUGAGUCCUCGAACCAGUUCUCCGAGGACCUGCUGCCCACCCUGCUGCAGCUGCCCACCCACACGUCUGCGCCCGUGUGGACUCGCGCCAAGAAGCUGUUUAACGAGAAGGUUGAGUCCAUGGCGACUACCGACUAAUAGGCGUAUAGAAACAAUUACCUUCCAGUGCUGGUUUUUUUAAAAUAAUAAUUUUGUGUUUUACAAUUAUCUCUCCUCAUACCUACCUCCCAAGCUGUGCCGUCUCGUUCAUGAAAGCAGUACAAGGCAUCUCGCAGAACAUAUACUUUAAACACAAAAGAGUCGAUAAUACA